CCACGGCCUGGCCUCCCUGGGUGCGCCCCUGGACUAGAGAUCCCCACCCCCUCACCCCGGGUGCUCCUGUGGGCUUUCCCCUGAGCAGGCCCCGACGUCUGUUCCGUGAGCAGGUCUCACUGGCUCAGGGCCCCCCUCACGGCCUCAGUGUACCUUGUUAGAGGCACCUCCCAAGGCAUGGAGGUUGGGGUUCGGAGGCCGGCCUGGGAGAGGGGCUGGCUUAGCGGGUGGCCCAUUGCAGGCUCCCUGAGCGUGGACAGCCUGAGGGAGGAGCAGCUCGGCCUGUCCCUGCGGGUGUCCAGCGGCUGGAGGACACUCCACUUCAACGUGGUGCCUGUGGUGCGGAGGAGGCUCAGGGUGCCCGCCCUGGAAGGGGCCCGGCUUGUGCCAGGAUUCCCUGAGGGCGCCCUGCGAGGGAUCGCCCGCCAGGAGGCAGCCCUGGUGCCGGCCAGCGCUGAGCUCUGGAGGGUCUCCACUGAUUACCUGCUCACCAGGCUGCUGGGGGCGCUGGGCUCCCUUCGGGGCCACCGCCUGGACAGCCUCUCCAUCCUCGACCGGGUCAACCAUGAGAGCUGGCGGGACGGCGGCCGGAGCCCCGGCCUGACCUUCAGCCACUUGAAGACGGUGCUGCUGUGGGCCGCCACGCUCUUCCCUGCGCCCGAGGACUGGGCGGAGCUUCAGGGCGCUGUGUACCGCCCCCUGGUGGUGCUGCUCUGCUGCCUGGCCACCAAGAACCUGCCGCACUUCCUACACCCCGAGUGGAACCUGCUGCAGGACGCGGGCCUGGACCUGGGCGCCCUCUACCAGCGUGUCGAGCACUUCGCCAGCCAGCCCGAGGCCGCCCUGCGCAUCCACGCCACCCACCUGGGCCACAGCCCCCCGCCGCGUGUGGGCAGCGGGCUCCGGGCACUCCUGCAGCUGCCUGCUGGUGAGCCCGCCUACUGGGCAACUGCCUACUUCGACGUCCUGCUGGACAAGUUCCAGGCCUUCAACAUCCGGGACGAGCAGCGGGUCUCGGCCAUGCAGAGCGUCUUCCUGAAGACCAAAGCCCUGGGUGCUGAGGAUCGCUGAGCUGGGCAUCCGGCUCACUGCCCUCUGCCAGCGGCACCGCCCACGGAGGCUCUGGGAACGUUUGGAGGAGGGAACGGGCUUCGCCUGGAGUGGAUUUGGGGGUGGAGGGCCUUGUCCCCAGGGCCCACCUGCGCCUGUCCAGGGGCAGCCCCGUGGGCAUCUGAGUGUGCUGGACAGUGGGUCUCAGAGGUCCCAGGGUGAAGGUGCUGUGUGCUCUGCGUGCUGAGCCCUCCAUGUGAUGUCGUCAAGGCCGAAAGUUGAGAGCCCUCGGGGGACCAGGAGCUCGUCCGCACCUGCUGCUCCAGGUGGCGGGGCCUCUGAAUCUGCCUUGAAUCUGCUAGAGCACUGCUUGUGUCCAGGGGGCCGGGACCGCCUGCUUUCUGGACACCUGAAGUGGACAAGCUUGUGUGCAGACACCCUUCCCUGUCCCUGUGAACGACCCCUGCCCAUCCCCAGUCCUCACCUGCUUGUUCAUGAGGGAGCCACCCGCAGCCCCGGCCAGCGGCACCGUGGCAGAGGCACCCCUGCCGUGUGCAGGGGCUGCUCCCGGCAGGUGGCGCCCCCGUCCCUGCCCUCUCGGCCCUCCGCCGUUUCCGCCUCCGUUCUCCCAUCGGCGCGCUGCCGGCGGCCUGUGACCCCCCCCUCCCCCCUCAGGGCUGCCCACCCUCCGGGCGCCUGGCCUGCAGGCAUUCUGCAGUCUUCACUCCGCCUCCGAGGGACGUGGCUCCUAAGUUCUGAGCUGCAGCCCGCGCCCCAGGUCCUGAGAAGGAGGCUGCAAACCCCAGUCAGUUCGUGCGGCAGGCACCUCCCUGGACCUCCUCCGGAAAGUGGUCACACGCACGCUGCGGAGGGGACACUUGGGCCUCUCUGAAGGCUGAGGGACCCGGGGCCUGAGCUGGCACUAAUGGGAAGGGACAUGGAAUGCCCCCAGGCCCACCCUGUGCCCUGCCUCGAGGCGGGCAGCUGCAGAAGGGCUUAGCUUGGUCCAACCUGAUUCGCGAGGGGUGCAGUGUCCAGGCCCACCCUGUGUCCUUUCUCUGAUGUUGGGGUGGACGCGGGGGGCUGUGCUUAGCAGGGGUAAGAGCUACAGCGGCAGGAAAGACCAAGGGGAAGACGUUAUAACCACCGACUGCCAUAGCCAAGGGUCCGGUAGAAUGUCCCGAAGGCCAGUGUCAGGACUCAGCACCGCCGUCAGAGACACUGGCUCACAGGAUGACCUCAGCACACAGGUCAAAAUGAGGCUCUGAGAAUGGGGGCCCCACACACCUGCGGGGCAGGGGUCGUUUGGGAAACCUCUGUACCUUCCUCUCGCUUUUGCUGUGAACCUAAAACUGCUCUAGAAAGAGGUCUAAAGAUA